GGUGAGAGAAGGAAACACACGCUACUGAAAGACGCACGAGUUCUGUAGUUUUUCACGUGUGGUAGUAGUGGUGGUGGUGGUGAUGAUGGUGUUGGUGUGCGCCAUGGUGUCGAGGUGUAUCGGGGGCUGCGUGCCGUUCUUCGUGCUUGGCGUGAUUUUUGACGUGAUCGGCUUGACUGUGCUGCUCGUCGGUGCGCUCGCCAACCUGCGCCUGAACGGCCGCUUUUACGGCGACUUUCUCAUCUACACGGGCUCCAUCGUGGUGUUCCUGAGCCUCGUGUGGUGGGUGCUGUGGUACACUGGGACCGUCAUGAUCUCCUCGGACGAGCAGGAGAAAAACACGCUGGACAGCUUGGCGCUGUGGGCGCGCAGAAUGUCCUCAAGUCUUUCGCACAGAUCCAUGGAGGUGAGAGAGAAGAACAAGGGCGUCGAUGCUCAAGAGCUGAUGAACGAGUCCGUGCCUGUGCACAUUAACAUUCCCACCAGAACAGUGCGGCAGAUCUCGGGGAUGGAAGGCAAUGAAAACGCAGCUUUCCAAAGAAGUGUUGAGCUGCCAACACCAAGUGACAAAACAGUGGAGAUGGAUGGUCUGAGGAGCGCACGAAUAGAGAUUCUUCUCUGAUCAACUUCAUCUAAAACAUUCUGGAGUUUCUUCCCUGGUUCCCUUCGUGCUUCUCAGGUGGCGCUUCAUAGCCUUGUCCUGUAGGUUCUUCUCAUUCAGAUGGAAUCAGAAGUUUGGAUCCAGGUGGCUGACCUGCUUCGGCCUUUUCUAUAUGGCAUCACAUAAGAGUGGCUUCUGUUUACCUGGCACUUUUAUAGUUGUGUACCUCAGGAUGAUUUCUAGAUCUUAUCUGGAAUUGAACUAGAGUGUGUUGAAGUUUUAAACUAGAACAUUUUCUAGGUGCAUCUUGUUUAUGUCCGUGAUAUCGUAUUUGUUUCAUGGAAAGUUAUAAAUGCACGGACACAGCUGAAUAUGCAACUAAAGUUAAACCUUUAACUUAUGAUGAAUUUAAGACAGGAUUUACGACACUUCCUUAACAAUGUUUUGGAUUGGAUUACACUAAGGACACUAAUCUAGAUCUUUCCUUGUUGCUUGGGUGGAAUCUUCAAGCAUACACAUUUUGUACCUUUUAGUAUAUAUCGAUAUGUAUUUUUACCUAGAAGUGUGCAAAUAGCGUACCUUUUAAAGCUUUGCUCUAAUGGUCCAAUUAUGUACCUUAAAUCUUUAAAUACAGUGAAAGAUGCACAAAAAAGAUGGAUCCUUGAGGGUUCCAGUCUGGUAAAAAGCAGCAGUAGAGUUUAGCACUAUUUUUUUUUCAGAUAGUGUAAUAUUUAUUUUUCUGUGUCUUAUUAACUAAUAAGUUAUGAAGUACUUUGUACUCAAAACAGUUUCAUUUCUUUCAAGUGUAAUAAAUGGAAUGUAAAUUUAUGGAUAAGGGGGAAAAACAAUAGCGUUGGGUGAGGCUUGUGCUGUAACAGUUUGAUUUUCCACCAGUCUACAUGUCUUUCAGAUCGAGUAAUAAGUUAACUUUUAAUGAGAGUUAAUGAGAGGUGAAAUUGUUGUUUACUGUGGCAAUGUAGCUCAGUGUGACUCAGCAAAACUUCUUCAGUUCCAGCUUCUGUUAAUUGAAUUUGCAGGUGUCUUUGAAAACUCAAUACUGGUUUUCACAGAAUCAACUGCUUUUAUUCAGGGAACUUAGUUUUAAUAUUGCACACUGCUGCACUGAUUCUUUUUAUAUGUGCUUUUAAACAGUACA